GAGAGAGAAGAGGGGGAGGCACAGAGAAAGAGACGACAGAUAAACAGAAGGAGGCCAGAUCAAUAACAACGUGGGACCGGCCUUGAACAUGGGCCAGCAGCACCCUUACCCUGCACUCAGCCAGCUGGCUCACGUCUACGAGCAGCAGCAGCAACAACAACAGCAGCAGCAGCAACAGCAAAACAAGGAUCUCAACAAGUACGCUUCCCUAAAGGCCGUGGCUGCCAAAUACAACGGUGAACUCUACAACAAGCGACGGCUGAUGGUGGAGCUACCGACGAAAGGUGGCCUUCCUCUGCAGCCAAUGGGCAACUCCAGACCCUCCAUGGGCAACAUAACGUCGAUGACUCCCCCAAUGACCACAAACCCCAUGGCUUCUAACCCCAUGACCUCCAACCCCAUAAACCCCACCAUCACCCAGAUGACCCCAAUGACAUCUAUGACGCCGAUGACAUCUAUGACACCCAUGACCUCAAUGACGCCCAUGACCUCCCUCACCCCUAUGACCUCCAUGACUCCUAUGACCUCCAUGACCCCAAUGACCUCACUGGGUCCACUGACUCCAGAGCCAGUGGCUACCUAUAUCACUGAGAUGCCCAGCAUUUCCUCCGUCUCCACCCUCCCAACAGAACGGCACAUAGCGGGCACUGGGGGAAGUGGACUGAAGCCCAACGGCCAGAAACCCAAAAGCAGCCACGGCCACGCUGCCCACGGCUCUCAUAGUGCACACACUCAUGCUCAUAGCCACAGUAGCAAGCCACCAGGACUGGGGGCGACCUCCCUGGCGCACAUGGCAGGGACCAUGCCAGGUGGCACGUCCCUGGGCAUCUCUAGGGCCGCUGAUAUGGCCAUUGGCUCCACCUCGGCUACAAUGGGCCGCCCAUUGGCAUACAGUUCCAACACCAUUGCAGCAGGGCAUGCAAUGGGGCUGGGGCUGAAGGGCUGGGAUGGGACCGAGACAGUGGGCCGGCGGAAGACCUACGGGCACAAGAGGCCUCAGUGUACCGUGCUGGAGCCGAACCAGCUUCACGGAACGAGAGGGCAGAGCCACAGCCAACACUUCCUUCCCACACAGCCCUACUUUGUGACCAACAGCAAGACAGAGGUGACUGUGUGAGUGAGGAUGUGAAGGAGAAAAAAGAGGGGAAGGAUGCAUGUGGAGUGGUGGCAUAAGUAAUCUCUGAGUGGAGACACCAAUUCCUGCAGUGGUUGAGGGUGCAGGUUUAUUUGUGUUGUGUGAAGGCUUGUUGGUACUGAGGAGUGACUGUCACAAUUUUGUGGUGGGACAGUGUCACCAUGUCUGAGUGGUCCUUGUGUCACAAACAGAACGUUCACAAAUUAAAUCACUGAAUAGACCUUUGUUGUCGAGUACAAGGUGGUGGCAUCUGUAAUCAAAACAGAGUAUACAGAGCAGGGGCGUCUGUACACAUGUGGUGAUAUUAGAGUGUUGUCUCACAGCUAAUAUCUACUCAGUAAAGAUAACAAUACCUGUGCAUUACAGUGCGACAACACACAGCUAAUAAAAAUGGGAAACUGCUGAUAAAAAUGGAUUUUAUGAACCAAACCCGAGAAGCAAUAUAAGGGAAUAAGAGCAAAGCACUGAAGUAUCGUGGGAAAGGAGAAACACAGCCAGUUUACCCACAAACGAAAGCUCAUCUGCCCAUCAAAGGCUUGAAUGGCUGGGAAGAAAAAUCAUUCCCUUGAUGAUUCACCCGCAAAUCUUUUGAGGGCUUUGAAACAGACACACGAUGAGGGCGCUGGGCUUUGGACUGCAGAGAUGCAGGUCUUUGUACUGUGCUAUUCAGAAGCGCCUUCAUAAACUCUGCAGCUGAAGGUCGCUCUUUUCCACAUGGCCCCAGCAAAAGAGAAUGGAGGCUGUCGCACUGGCAUUGUUCUGUUCUGAUCUAGUCGUGUGUGCUGACAGCUGACCCAGAGGAGGUUAUAUGGAGGCAGGGAGGCAGCAUCUGGAUGAUGCUGCAGCAGCUAGCAGAGGCUCCUUGGAGCGUCACACUCGUACACAGACAAACAUGCAGACACCUGUUCUCAUGCAAAAACACAGAAACACAACACACUGAUAUGGGUUCUGGAAUAAUGAUCUACAAACUUAGAAUUUAGAAAAUAGCUGAAAAUCUGUGUAAAUUGUUUUUGGACAGGUCAGGGUUUCCCCCCAAAUUUGUAAGAGUUAAGUAGAAUUACAGCCAAUCAAUCAAUCAAUCAAUCAGUCACUCAAUCAAUAACCUCCUUAUAGGGCUGGGUUGUAUAACGAUCUCAAAACAUUAUUGCAACUAAAAACAUUUGGCCAUUAACAAUAGGAUUUUAAUAUUUUUUCUUGAUACAGGUACAGACAAAAAACAAAAGGCAACACCCACAAAGCACUAGUGGCAGAUUAGUUUUGUGUAGUUAAAUCUUCACAUAGUGGGGAAAAAAACUAACCAAACAAACUAACAAACAAAAAAACUCUGCAGAGAAUUUGAUAACAGACAGCAUUCAUGAUGCAUUCAGGGCCCCUUGUAAAAAAAGAAAAUUCCUCAUUUUGAACAGCACAGACAAAACAUUGCAAUCAUGUACCCCCUGUGCAUUUAUAAAUCUAUACUAAUGUGACCACACAGUAAAGACAGUUAUAUUUAAAAUCCUGUGUUUAGCAAAUGAAGCAUCUUCCUUUGGCUUUCAUGCAUUCCUAGGACACUAUGAUAGAUUGAGAUCAAUAUGGGGAAAAAUAUUGUGAUCAUGUUUUGCUAUAUUGUCCAGCCCUACUGAUAUAUUCAACAACAGUCAUUAUUGCCUAAAAAUUAUUGGAAACACUUUAAGGUGUAAAAAAAUGAUUUCAUUUUAUUUUUCCCACUAUCAAUAAGUGACUUUUGUUGUAGGAGCUAAUAUAGUUGUAUAUUACAUCAGAUUAAGGCUGACACAUUAAGAACAUAUAAGUAUGUAAGGACAGCCAGAGCACUGUUAAGUCCAAAAUUAUUCUUGGUGGACCAAAUGUAAAAUAACAUUUCUCCUAUACAGUGAUACUUCUGCAUUAGAGAUUCUUCUGCUAUUGUCGUAAACAAGAAGCGACUGUAAAAAAAAAAA